AUGAGGCCUCGUGUGCCUCUGGCUUUCGAGUUCAUCGUGAAUACUUCAAUCAAGUUGCCAGACACUACAGCAAUCUCGCAUCAACUGAUAUGUCUGCUGCUGGAGCUCGACGGCCCCGUCCGUCUUGUCGCUUCCAGUCAACCUCCCCACCCCACGAACAACACGUACACCACGACGCUAGAAUUGGUCCAAUUUCUCGCCCGCCAGAUCACCUCGGUAGGCUCGCUCAGAUCCGUACUCAACGGAACGGGGCAAUCAUGGCCACAAGAACAGCAACCUCGAUCCCCCGUCGUGGACAUCGUCGCUGUGCAUGGCCUCAAUGGCCACCGAGAAAAGACAUGGACAGCUCCCAAGGGCGUUCAUUGGCUCCGCGAUCUUCUCCCUGCCGAUAUUCCGCACGCGCGCAUCAUGUGUUGGGGCUACGACGCGAACACCCACGACAGCUCGCGCGUGAGCUGCCAAUAUCUGUACGACCACGCGCGCAGCCUCGUGUCGGACCUGUGUCGGAAGCGUACGUUGACAUAUUCAUCACGGCCUCAGAUCAUAUUCAUCGCGCAUAGCCUUGGUGGCAUCAUAGUCAAAAACGCUUUGAUCCACUCCGAUGCCGCACGACGAAAUGCACUAGUAGAGCAUCAGUCAGUCAGGCUGUCCACAUUCGGCAUCAUAUUCAUGGGCACGACGCACCAAUGUGGCAACGGUGUCCAAUUGACCCUAAAAAUUGCAUUUCUUGCCGGCGCCGCCGUCUAA